AUGAACAAAGACGGCACCUUCACCCACAUCCACCUCACCCGCGCCCGCGACGCGGAUCUCUUCGAGGACUUCUACCGCGAUCGUCUGCCCGCCGACGAAAUUUACGUUCCGCCGCAACAUGCGCCCAUCAACCCGGAGGACGAGGACGAUGUUGUGCCGGACCAGCAUGCGGCUUUUGGGAUCCAGAAGGCGCUUAUGACUACCGCUGGGGGACAGCAAAGAGGGGGUGCAAGUGGAGCACGAGGAGCGGGAGGUCCGCCGGCGUGGAAGGACCUGGGGUUGGGGGAGUUGAUGAAGAGGGGUCCGCCGCUUAUGACGGGGAAGGGGGGCAUGGGAAUGGGAGGGAAAGGGGGCACUUCGGCACGGGGGAAGUUGCCUAGGUGA